GAAGCACAAGCGUUGCUCAUGUAAAUACUCCGGAAAAGAACUCGUUUGAGAGAAAUGGGUGCUUUCGCUUGAGAGGAGUAUGAGAGAACAGCUCUAUGGAUCAUGGCAACGUGAAAUGUAAUUCCACACUCUACAAGGCGAGUGGGGUGUAACCAUGGAGAAAGCCAACAACAGUUUCCCCAGUUUCAAUGAAUUGGAUGACUACCUCACCAGACGCAACUCCAACUUUGUGUGGCUCCUCGUGGCCACUAUUAUGUCAUGUGGAUGGAUCAUAUACCUGACAUACUACAAUUCCCGUAAUAUUGGACUCAUCCUCACCCUCAUCAUUAAUCGUCUCUAUAAGAAUGGAUACAUACACAUCGGUUCAUUCUCAUUCUCUGUGCUGUCUGGCAAGGUCAUGUUCCGAGAUGUCUAUUUCAUCAAUGAAGACAUGUCGAUCAGAAUUCAAGAUGGGUUACUUAUAUUUCGUUGGUGGAAGAUGUACAACCCCAAACAGAAACAACAUGAUCCAAAGGCUGAGACAAGGGUCUAUGUAACGGUUAACGGCUUUGAGUUCCAUGUGUAUAAUCGCACGGAUCUGUACGCUCGGCUUCAGGAAAUAUUUGGCCUAGAGCCCACCCUUAUCCCACCCCACCAGGAUGAGGAGAAAGGGCGAGAGCAGAGGGAUAAAUCCCUGGAGAGUGUUCACAUCAAAGCUGAGACUCAGGACCCGUCAACUUCCUGGAGGUCUCUCAUCCCCGUCUUCAAAGUCAACAUCAGUACAGGACGUGUGGCAUUCGGUAAUCACCAUCUUCCCCAGACCCUGUGUAUGAAUUUUGACGAUGCCUUCCUGACAUAUGCCACCAAACCACCUAGCAGCCACUUGGAUCAGUUCAUGCACAUCGUGAAGGGUUCUCUGGAGAACGUCCGUGUCAUGCUGGUGCCCAGCCCACGAUACCUGGGCCUUCAGAAUGAUGAACCACCCAGGCUCAUGGGAGAAGGCUUUGUGGUCAUGCAGUCGAAUGAUGUCGACAUCUACUACUACCAGGAUGAAGCAGGUUUGGUCCCAGAGGAACAGGAGAAUGGAGAUACAGAAGCCUGCUCUGAAGAUGCCAAGCUACAAGACUUGCCUCCAUGCUGGGGUUUGGAUAUCGUGUGUGGCAAAGGAACAGACUUUAACUAUGGCCCAUGGGCCGACAGACAGAGAGACAGCCUGUGGAAGUUCUUCCUGCCUGCAGACUGUCAGCCAAUGAAAGUGAGCGAUGUCGCCACACCAGGCAAACCUCGACAGAUCCUUGCCUUUGAGCUGCGUAUGAACAUCAUAGCUGAUGCGACAAUAGACCUGCUAUUCACAAAGAACAGGGAGACGAAUGCGGUCCAUGUCAAUGUAGGAGCAGGUUCUUACCUUGAGAUCAACAUACCCAUGACUGUUGGGGACAAUGGUUAUUCUCCCACUGUUAAAGGCCAGUUAUUACAUGUAGAUGCAAGCAGCAGUAUGCAGUACAGGACACUUCUAGAGGCUGAGAUGCUGGCUUUCCAUGUCAUAGCCAGUUACCCACGCGUGUGGAACAUGCCUCAGUCCUGGCAGUGUGAGAUUGAGGUUUACAAAGCCAUGUACCACUUCAUCUAUGCACAGAAGAACUUCUUCACAGAUCUGAUUAAGGACUGGGCCAGUGACAGUGAACCGGAUAUCUACUCAUUUGUACCAUAUUCGUGGAAGUUUAAGGUACUCUUUCACCAGUUUGAGAUGAUUUGGGCUACCAAUCAGCACAACUGGAUCGACUGCUCCACCAAACAGCAGGAGAAUGUUUAUCUUGCUGCCUGUGGGGAAACGCUGAAUAUUGACUUCACUUUGCCAUUUAACGAUUUUGUCCCGACCACCUGUAACACACGUUUCUGUUUGAGAGCUGAGGACACAGAUAUGCGCUUGUGUCUGCCUGACUGUCACCCCAGCCGGUACCCACUGCUCACCCUCGCUAAGGAUUACCAGCACUGUAAGACCCCUCCAAACAGCAGUAUGCCAGCAGAAGGGCAAGGAGCACCUCCCAAAAACAGCAAACCCCGUUGGAGGAACAUGACUCAUGCAGAGGCUGGUUGGGUGGACUGCUGGAGUGUGCCGAACUUCAUGCUUAUUAUAGACUAUACUUGGCAUCCCAUCUAUCCUCAGAAAACUGACCAGCAGCUCAAACAAUCAAUGUCGGAAAUAGAGGAGUCCAUGCUGUCAGCACUGCGACCGCCAGAACAUGCUCCACCUGUGCCUCCUCCACCUCGAAUCUCCUCUGACCCCAGCCUGCUGCCCCCUGACCGUUUACAUGUUGAGAUGGAGUUGAGCCCAGACUCCCACAUUACCCUUUAUGGCCCCCUCCUCAGAGCACUGGUGUCCAUCAAGGAAAACUACUUUGGAGAGGACGACAUGUACACAGACUUUGAGGAGUCUCUAUCCAGCCCUGUGCUGAGCUCCUCUGGUUGGCUCGGGGUGGGCCUGGAGGAGAACCGCUCUAAAGACACACCCAAUCCUCUCUCCCUACGGCCCUGGGAUAUCACCGUGCUCAUCAAUUUGCACAAAGUCCAUGGACGACUUCCAACGCACUGUAGCAGUGAUGGCCCAGAGGGUCCUGCAGGCUUCCUGGAGCGCCUGUGUUUUGAGAUGAAAAAGGGAUAUAAGGAGACCAUGCUACAGCUCGUUCUCUCGCCUCUACAUGUGUUUGUCAGUGAUAACUAUCAGCGGCCUGCUGUUGAUGCUGUGUUGCGAGAUGGGCAUCUGAGCCUCUCGGGGUUGCAGAUGAGAGCCCACGCUAUGUUCUCAGCGGAGGGCUUACCGGCAGGCAGUGACACACUGGAAUAUGCUUGGCUCAUCGAUGUUCAAGCUGGAGCUCUUACAGGGAGAGUCAGCGUGCCACAGUGUGCAUCUCUUCUGGAGUGGGGCGAGAGCUUUGUGUUUCAUGUGGUGUCCCGAGAGUUCCAGCUCGAGCAGCCAAAACCAUCUGUCACCUGCCAACAUGGAGUUGAUCGUAGAGUCUGUGUUGCCAAGCAUGCAGCACUGCCUGGUCCCUGUCGCACAUCAGAGGAUCUGAAGUACACCAUGACUCGACUAACAGUUGAUGGAGCCCAGGUUUUCAUUGUUGAACACAGCUGUGCAGCCAAUAUUAAGACCGGAGCCUUGCGGUUGGCCACAUGUAAUCUGCACACAGCUGCUGUCAGCGAAGGCAUCAGUGCCGUUCUGCAAGACGUAGUCAUCGCUCAGUUCAUCGAGCAACAGGAAGUUGCACGGCUUGGCCUGCCUCAGCCCCUUCUUCGACGGUCUCAUUGGCUCGAAGCUGGUUCAGUGAGCUUUAACCUCAUUACAGCUGAUGUGGCAUUGGCUGCUGACCAUCCAGCCAAAUAUGAGGUCCAGAGGCAGUUCCUGGAGCUUCAUGACAUAAAAACAAAAAGACUUUGGUUCCUUUGGCCUGAGGAGAAAUACAAGCGAAGCCGUAAUCGCUGUGGUUGUCUUGGUGGAUGCCUUUUUUUCGGCGGCUCGGUUGGUGACUUCUUCCGCUUGGAGGAAAUCACACCCUCAUCAAGCUCUGCCUUCUCUAGCAUCAGUGCAGAAAGUGAUAUGUCCUAUGGACAAUCAUUAUUACAUCCUGGAGAAUGGAUCGUCACUAAGGAAAUUCCCAAACUUUCUGACUCUAAAGGAGUUGCUAUGCGGAGAGACACGUGUUCCCCUGCUCCGAUGGUGGACUUGGAGAGACGUGGCCAGCACCUCAGUCUCCACGUACCUCAACGCUCUUACAGCUCUGUCUCUUCCUCUGAGGAGAACUCUUCCUCCAGUGCUGCCCUGCCUCUGUUAGCUGGAGAACGAGAGAGUCCCUCCCCUUCUACAGAGUUAAUGAAUGUAGCCACUGAUGGUCCGAUCCCUGAGGGUCCAUCCUUGCGCUCUCCACGCUGCUCUCCUAUCAAGCGGCAGUCAUCUGUCCAAUCAGCUCGCCUCGGCAGCACCAAGAGCCUAUCGGCUGCAGCCUUUGCAGAGAAAGCCACGCCUCCUACUGGUGUGCAGUUUAGCAGCGAGGUUUCCCGUAGCGACGAGAACGUUCUAGACUCGCCAAGGCAGAGAAGAAGCUACGGUUCAUUUCCUUUCACUCCAUCAGCUGAUUCUAGCACAUUCCAUCAGUACCGCUCCGUUGACUCCUCCAUGUCUGUGGCUGACAGUGAAGCCUACUUUAGCGCUAACGAGGAAUUUGAGCCAGUCAGUAGCGAUGAAGGUCCAGGUACCUAUCCAGGGAGGAAACGCAGGCGAAGACAGCAGGGUCAGCCUCACGCGGGACACAGUCGUACAUCUAUAUACCACAGUGUGGAAGGACCUCUGUCAAUCGCUGAGACCCGCCCACCUCCGCUGCCUAGCCACACUUCCCAAGCCUCAUUUGUCUCUGCACUAGGAUUGGAGGAGGAGGGCUCCAUUGAAACUGAGAAGGCGGAGCCUGGCCUCCUGACAGCACAGCCACUUUUAAUGACUUGUUACCAAAAUUACCUUGCGCAUUAUCAUGUUUCUAACUGGGCUGUUAAGCAGCCAACCAAUAAGAGAACAUCUAAGUCAUCACUGCAUCGCCCACUUGACCUUGAUACGCCCACAAGUGAGGAGAGCUCCGCCUCCUUUGAUCAGCUGUCCAUCCCAUCUUUUAAGAUGGUGAAGGGUGGUUUGUCUGCCAGCUCACUAUUGGACAGAGGAAUUCAUCUCAUGGGUGAUAUUAACAGCACACCUUACACACCACUUGACAAGCAGGCAAUGGACAACACAGAUGAGGACACAGUGAUGGAGGACUGGACUGUUGAUCAGCCUCUUGCCCAGACAAGAACCACAGCCAUCAUAGAAGUCAAAGGGGCAGUCAAUGUGGUUCUGACUCCUUUAGUAGCUGAAGCCCUAGACAGGUACAUUGAGUCGAUGGUUCACUUUGCCAGUAUUCGCCACCCUGCAUCAAUCCUCGAUGACCUGCAUGGAAAAGUGCUUAAUGAAGUGUAUCAGAUCAGCAAAUCCACUGUCUCUGAGUCUAGCACAGUAAAAGCAGAGCACAAAAUAUCUAAGACCGAGGGAACCACCCCUGGGUCUCUGAGCACACCUCAUGGACAGACCGACCUGUCAAUCAAACCUGACAAUGUGAAGAUAAAGGGUUUGCAAGCUAACGUGACUGUCCCAAAGGUGAACCUCUGUGUGCUUCAGGCGUCUGUUGAAGAAGGUUCACCGUCCAAUAAGAGUGUCACACACGUCUCUCUGGUGGCCUUGUGUUUUGACCGGAUUGCUACUCAGCUGCGCAUGAAUAGGGGAAUAGUGGAGGACACAGAAAAGCCCUCUGUUAUGAUGGAGAAGUUCUCGUCUGCAUCUAAGAUGGCACCGCAGUCCAGCGGUUCUCUCCGUUCUAAUGCUGGAAUUGAGAAAGGCAAGGAGAUCGCAGCCAGACUCAACAUACACCGCAUACACAGCCAACUCCGUGGCCUGGACUCAUCAGACCUUGGAGCUUGUGCCAUCACUGCCAUUCCUUUUGAGAAGUCCAAGGUUCUCUUCAGUUUGGAGGAAACUGACGACUUUGUUUUAGUGGAUGAGACUGAGCCCUCUGUCUCCACUGAUCAUGGUCCAGACCACACCCCUGACCACGCUCGCUCUGGGGCCAAUCCUGAGAAAUGGGGUUGGAUUAUGUUUGAAUGUGGGAUUGAGAACCUCACUGUCAAAGGUGGGCGGCAGUCAGGAGCCGUGCUCUACAGUGCUUUUGGGGUGAUGGGCGGGGUCGACAGCGGGGUCAGGGAUGGAGCCUUAAAAUCAAACGAUUCUAGUGGUUCUCAGACAGGAAGUGGCUACAGCACUGAUGUAUCUGAUGAUAACCUGCCCAAUGAUGCACAGAGCCCUGCUUCUGAGCCCAACAACAACUCAGACUCUGACGAUCAGGAUGAGGGAGUGGAGUCAGAUGAUCUGAAAAAGGACCUUCCCCUCUUGCCUCCUCCUCCUGACUCCAGCAGUAUGAAGCUGACUAUAAAGGAGAUCUGGUUCAGCUUUGCUGCGCCAACCAACAUCCGUUCUCAUGCUCCAGCCAUGUCCAGGCAGUUGAAUCUGUUGAGUACUGCGACCCCCGCGGUCGGUGCAUGGUUGGUUCCAAUUGAUGAGCUGAAAUCCUCCCUGCAGAAACUGGACAUGGAGGCCACACUGCGUGUGUGUGCAGUCAUGGGCUGCAUAAUGACUGAGGCCCUGGAGAAAAAGAGUAUUCACUUUCCAUUUCGCAGCAAGUAUAACCGCGUUACAAAGCGAGCCCGGUAUCUUCACGAGAAUCCGUCCUGCUUACUGUGUAAUAUUCUACAUCGUUACCUGCAGCAAGCUGAUUACAGCAUUAUUGAAGAGGCCACCAUGAAUGAUGGACUACCUGCUCUGGUCACCCUGAGGAAAGGUUUGGUGGCACUUGCUCGUCAGUGGAUGAAGUUCAUUGUUGUCACACAGGGCUUUAAGGCGGUUGGUUUGCCACGACCCAAUCAGCUUCCAAAGCCCAAAGAGCAUGACCCCAUCGAGCCUGAUCAGACUCAGGGACCAGACUGUGGCACUGCCUUGCAGAGUGACACCAGCGCUGAUGGAGCCGAGUUUGAGUUUGAUGCAGGUAUUGUAAGUGAGCAUACGAUGCUUUUAGAGGAAGUAUGUAGUCGUCCUGCUCCUACUGGUAACUCUGCCCCUGUGACUGGAGUCGAGAUCAUGAGAAAACUGUCCAAAUCACACACACACACCGAAUCUGCCCACAAGAUCAAGGGAUCCCACCCUUACCAGUCCCUGAGCUACACGAGUGGAGAUACAGCAGUUGAUUCUCCAGCUCAUGUCAAUCGGACAGGGCUGCAGUCCAAUCACAGUCCUAGAAAAGAGUCGUUGCUAAGCUACCUAACAGGAAGCAUCCACAGUCUGCACAACCUCCUGGAAGCCACGCCCCAUCGAGCAAACGAACAAAUGGCAGCCAAGAGCAGCUCCCUGACACGUACAGGCAAUAGUGUGGGUGCAGACGUGUUAACAGAACAUCCUCUUCUGUCGGAGCCAUUCUCCGUCAGCUUCUACAACUGGAUGUCAAAUGCUGUUGGCAACCGCACAGGCGGCAACGUCCAAGACUCACCUCUCAACCGCUCUCAACACAACAGCCUGCAGACCGGAGGAGUCCUCCCCACCAUUCCUUCUGCAUCAGAUUUUAACACUGUACUGUCCAGUGAUCAGAAUUCACUGGACACACACUCCCAGCACAGCACGAGUCAGGAUGACCUGCUUGAUCAAGAUGAGACGAAUCUCUGCCCUGCAGCGGUGCAGCUGGCCGACGCACAGGUUGUUUUUAAGCCUUUGUUGAGUCACAUUGGUAUCCAGCCCCAGGAUGCUCCUCCACUCAGUUACAAAAUGUAUUUUGGGGAGCACCUGUCCUUCAGUGGAACUCUUGAGUGUCUGAGAGCAGACAUUGUCGACUCUGACACCAGCAAAGAAAGGAAGAACAAACGAGGACACAGGCAGGGAAUGGUGAACCUCCCCCCUCUUGAUUUCAAGCCUGCCCUGAUGAUUGAGACAUUCAGUUUGAACGCAGUCAUCCUGGAGAAGUGCAUGUCAACCCCUCCCUCUGCCAGCGCACUGUCUUUCCAUGAGCUGAGCCGGAGACCCCAGGCCAGUGUGCACUGCCAUUUUACCCUUGCUUGCCAAGCGAUUCGCCAGCACGUGGAUAUGGCCCUGGUCCGCCUCAUUCACCAGUUCAGCACGAUGAUCGAUGACAUCAAAGCCACGCAGACUGACAUCAAACUCAACCGCUACACUGCCGGCUCCUCUUCCCCAACGCCCACCAAGGCACGGCCGUAUCGGGAAUUCCGCUCUUCUGAUUUCAGCCGUAGUUCUCGUGGGAGCCUGAAUGGAGCUGCUCGACUGGGCACCCAGAAGAGCAAGCGGACCGUGGUCGGCCCGGGCCUAGACACGCUGACCAGGAAUCGAGAGCCUCGUGGAAGGGGGACACUGGGUCGCUCGGAACGAAGGACGUCUAAAGUAUCUCGGAAAGGUUCACGAGACGUGGCAGACCACAUGACCAUUCAGAUGGAUGACUCUGACUCCAUCACAGUGUCAGAGCAAAGCGAGCCAUCGGCUGAGUGCUGGCAGAACAUGUACAAACUUCUUAAUUUUUACUCGCUCAUAUCAGACCCCACAGGCAUCCUGGAGAAGAACCAGGAUAAUGCCCUCUCAGAGGGUGGGCGGAGCCCUGCAGAUCCUCCAUGUCAUGUAGUGUUUGAAUCUGAAGGUGAGACGCCCCCCAGUCGACUGGGUCGUAGGCGGAGCUUGGUAAGCUCUGAGCCCCAGCAUGUGACGCUGAUCGUGUUUGGCGUUGGCAUGGUGAACCGCACGCAUCUGGAAGCAGACAUUGGAGGACUGACCAUGGAGGCGGAGCUUAAGAAAAUACAUGGCAGUUUUACUCUAAAGGAGAAAAUGAAGGAUAUUCUCCAUCAGAAAAUGACUGAGACCUGUGCCUCGGCUCAUAUUGGAUGUGUGAACAUUGUGCUUCUGGAAGGAAUCACACCAGACAUACAACUAGAGGAUUUUCCAACCUCACCUACCAGCACAACCAAGCAGGAGUUCCUGACGGUGGUGAAAUGUAACAUCGCAAAGUCCCAGGCUUUAUAUAGCGCACAGCGUGGGCUGAAGACCAAUAACGCUGCCGUAUUAAAAGUGGGUGCAAUCUUCAUCAACAUCCCGCAGCACCCUGCAACGCUGCACAGCAUGAUGGUCCGCAGCUCCCACCAGCUCUCCAAACAGAUUUCAGACCUCAUCCGUCAGCCUUCCAACAUCCCGCCGCCCAGCCGUGAAGACACACCUACUCCACAGCCCUCUGAAGUGAGUGUCAAUCAAACUCCAGUGGAGGCCAACGAGUUUCCUCAGCUGCCCGAAGGACUGGAGAAGAAGCCAAUAGUGUUGAAAUUCAGCGCUAUGCUGGAUGGGAUCACUAUUGGUGCAGCCCUGUUGCCCUCUCUCAAAGCUGAAUACAAGAUGGGUCGCAUGAAGAGCCACGGCAUGACAGGUGCUCAGACACGGUUUACUUUUGAACUACCCAGUCAUAAGUUGUGUUUCCAGUCGAAGGUUUCCCCUGUGGAUGUGUCGGCCAUGCCGCCCACUGCCAGCCUGUCACUGCCUCCUGUCACCAUGUCAGGACAGUACAUCAUACAGGAGCACGAGGGGCACAGCGACACUGCCUGGGCCCCAGGAUACAGCAGCUAUCUUCAGGGAAACUACUUGCGCUGUGUAGCUGAGAUUGGAUCUUUCGAACACAACUUGACGACAGAUUUGCUCAACCAUCUAGUCUUCCUUCAGAAGGUCUUCAUGAAGGAGGUCAAUGAGGUCAUCCAGAAGGUGUCGGGAGGGGAACAGCCAAUCCCACUAUGGAAUGAACAUGAUGUGUCAACAGAUGGUGACAAACCUAAAAUCCUGCUUUAUUCUAUUAAUCUGACAUUUAAGGGGAUUCAAAUGACAGCCACCACUCCUUCUAUGAGGGCGGUGCGCUUUGAGACGGGCUGGAUUGAGCUUGAACUGUCCAAUCGGGUUCAGUGCAAGACUACUCCCACAGGAAGUAACUACCUGAAGCUUUUUGGGAAAUGUCAAGUGGAUCUCAACUUGGCUUUGGGGCAAAUCGUCAAACAUCAGGUGUAUGAGGAGGCUGGGUCAGAUUUCCACCAGGUGGCGUAUUUCCGCACUCGAAUCGGUUUGCGCAAUGCUCUGCAGGAGGAGAUCAGUAGCAGCUCUGACAAAGAGGCUGUCCUGAUCACACUCAACCGUCCUAUCGUUUUUGCUCAGCCAGUAGCAUUUGACAGAGCUGUUUUGUUCUGGCUGAACUAUAAGGCUGCCUAUGAUAACUGGAAGGAACAACGCUUGGCUCUCAACUCGGACAUUCAUAUGGCCACCAAAGAGGUGGUAGACAAACUGCCAGCCAUACAGCAGACCAGCGUCCAGGCCUUCAGCACUCUCUUCCUGCAGCUCACGGUCAAUGACCUGGGCAUCUGUCUGCCGAUCACCAGCACCACACAGGCCAAUCACAGUAUUGAUUUUGACACUGGCUCAGCACUGGUGUUAACCAUCGAGAGUACAUUAAUCACAGCCUGCUCCUCUGAAUCUCUGGUCAGCAAAGGCCAUUUCAAGAACUUUUGCAUUCGAUUUGCCGAGGGGUUUGAGACAACUUGGGAUGAUUGGAAACCUGAGAUCAGAGGCGACUUGGUCAUGAAUGCAUGUGUUGUCCCUGAUGGCACUUAUGAGGUUUGCUCCAGAACGACAGGCCAGGCCUCUGCAGAGAGCAGCAGUGCAGGAACGUGGACGCUGAAUGUCUUGUGGAAGAUGUGUGGCAUUGAUGUGCACAUGGAUCCCAACAUCGGCAAGCGCCUGAAUGCUCUGGGUAACACCCUCACCUCUCUGACUGGUGAAGAGGACAGUGAUGACAUCACAGACUUCAACUCAGUCAACAUGGCCAACCUAUCAGACGAGGACGAGAGUGACGGCAUGUCUCCCCCCGUACACAUGUGUCCUGAAGGGGAUCUCAGUCCCAGACUUUCAUUCAGGAGGCGGCUGGUGAACAGCAUACUUGGCAUUAGCCCCCCUCCCCUCUCACCUUCUGAGUGUCGUAAUAUUUCUCCAUCAUCCACAAUCACUCGGCUAAAGUCGAGAAGUGUUCGCCUGUCAUCCACAGCCAAUGCAGAACGAACUAGACAUCCCAGACCCCUGUCCUGGGGCUGUGAAUCUGUUGACCUGCGCAGACAGGCGGUCAUGAGCAAUCAAAUCAUCGACGCUCGUGGACGCAAGUUCUCCAAGCGCUUGGUGGAUAUUAGAGAACUCAACGAGCAGGCCAAAGUCAUUGACGAUCUCAAGAAACUGGGAGCAAGUGAAGGCACCAUAAACCAGGAAAUCCAGCGCUAUCAACAUUUAGAAUCUGUUGCUGUCAAUGAUAUCCGCCGGGAUGUGCGCAAGAAACUGCGGCGCUCCAGCAUGCGGGCAGCGUCUUUGAAAGAUAAAUGGGGUUUAGGCUACAAGCCAAGCUACAACAACAGCAGGUCAAAGAGCAUUUCAGCAACAGGCAGACCACCUCUGAAGAGGUCGGAUAGACCCAGGGAUGACAUGCCAGACAUUAAAGUGGAUGCAGCAUCUCCAGCACCAAGGGUUACCUUCAACAUCGACACGACGGAAUCCCCAAAUCCAAUCCCAAGUACAGCUGACUCAGUUUUUAAGUUCCCGGAGGAGACAGAGUUGGACCUGUUGUCUGUCGCCAUUGAUGAUCCUGUCCAUUACCCAUCAUGCUCAGUGUUCAGUGCCCCUGGCACACCCGCAGUCUUUUCACCAACCAUUCCCUUCCAGCCUGAUGACACCCGCCGUGAUGACCUCUCCUCGACUUCUUCAGAGGAUUCGGACAAAGAUGAGGAGUUUGAGAGGGACAGACAGCACAACUCUUAUCGAAGACCAGGGGGCUCUCAGAGAAAGUCAUCUGCACUGUCUGCAUUAUUCAGCGAGCGCUGGCCGGCCACGCCCCCUCAGCGUGGAGGAUUAGCCCCGCCCACCGAGCGGAACAUUGACUUUGAGCUGGACGUGCGUGUUGAGAUCGACAGCGGCAAGUGUGUGCUGUACCCCAGCACCCAACAGCCCGAGCAUGAAGAUCUCACAGUGAGAAGGAGUUGUGAGCGGAGUUCGAGGAGUCUGGAUCAGGAAUCUCCUCCUAAGAAGCGAAAACAGCAGCACAGUUUUGCCUCCAGCUCCCAUCUGCUGAAUGCCAAGCGAGUGCCCACUUCUCUGCAGAGCAAGAGCAGUGACAUUGAGACCACGGUCUUCUACAUCCCUGGAGUGGAUGUUAAGUUACAUUACAAUUCUAAAAUGCUGAAGACGGAGUCACCAAACGCCUCUCGUGGAUCCUCGCUUCCCAGAACCCUUUCCAAAGAGUCCAAGCUGUAUGCUAAAGGUAAGGCAAGUGUGGGGGUGAAGAUGGCUAAGCUGUAUGCAUGGGUAGCUCUGCAGACACUGCCAGAGGAAAUGGUCAUCAGUCCAUGUCUGCUGGACUUCUUGGAGAAAGCGCUGGAAACCAUUCCUAUCACACCAGUCGACAGAAACUACACAACCCUAAAUGUUCCCGAGGAGGAUGUAGGUCAUUUUGAUUCUGUGGAGCCUCUGGAGGAGUCUCAGGUGUCUCUUGUGUCUUCUGCUGCGUCUCCGUACUCCUCCUUCCCUGUGGAUGUGGUAGUUUAUGUCAGGGUGCAGCCAUCUCAAAUCCGGUUCAGCUGUCUGCCCAUGUCUCGAGUAGAGUGCAUGCUGAAGCUUCCCUCUCUGGACCUGGUUUUCUCAUCCAAUAGGGGUGAGCUUGAGCCCACUGCCCCCACCUGUCCACCUGAGGGCCCUCACACACCUUCCUCCACACCUCCAUCGGUACACAAUGCCAACCGAGUGCCUGGAAGCAAAGGGCCAUCCACAGGAUUAGGCAGUCCUUUAGGCCGGAGUCGCCACCACAGCAGCCAAUCAGAUCUAACAGGCCCACCCAUAAACUCAUCAGGUCUGAGUUUCACCGCCUGUAUGUCAGAUUUUUCACUGUAUGUGUUUCAUCCUUACGGAGCUGGCAAACAGAAAUCUGCAGUUACUGGCCUCCCACCCGGACCAGGACCUCUGGGAGCUGACGAGGAGGCCUCUUCAGUGACGGGCAGGAAAGACUCUCUCUCCAUCAACUUGGAGUUUGUAAAAGUCAGUCUUUCCCGGAUGAGACGGGCAGGAUGUCCAGCAUUUAUUGAUACUUUCAUUGCCAGCAAGGGCGGGAAGAUGGACACAACUCUAAUCAACAUCUCAGCGGUGUGUGAUAUCGGUUCUGCAUCCUUCAAGUACGACAUGAGACGUCUGAGUGAGAUUCUUGCAUUUCCGCGAGCUUGGUACCGCAGAAGCAUUGCCAGGAGAUUGUUUCUAGGAGACCAGACCAUUAACUUACCAGCCUCCGGUCCUGCCACACCAGACUCUGUGGAAAGCAUCGCGCAGCACUUGUCUCCUGAAUCCAGCCGUAAAGCGUACUGGAGGACAUGGGACGGCCAGUCCACUCAACACCCCUCCUCGGUCAUCACCGAUGCCACACCAAGCCACGCACACCUCAAAUCACCUGCCAUUGGACGCUCCCGCAGCGUGUCCGACUCCUCAGCACCGCGCAGAGACUCUGUUACCAAGACCUCCACCCCGUCAUUCCGGAACGGAAAAGCAGCAGCACAGCAGGGUUCGCCAUGGGAGACGCUGGUGGUGUUCGCCAUAAACCUUAAACAGCUUAAUGUCCAGAUGAACAUGAGCAACGUCAUGGGCAACAAUACUUGGACAACGAGUGGGUUGAAGAGUCAGGGCCGUCUGUCAGUGGGCAGUAACAGAGAUCGUGAGAUCAGCAUGUCUAUUGGGCUGGGCCGCUCCAAACUUGAUUCCAAAGGAGGAGUGGUGGGUGGCAACAUUGACGUCAACACACUCAAGAUGGUCUCCCAUAUUUCAGAACAUCCUAAUCAGCAGCCCAGUCAUAAGAUCCAGAUCACCAUGGGCUCCACAGAGGCCCGGCUGGACUACAUGGGCUCCAGCAUAUUGAUGGGCAUCUUCAGUAACGCUGACCUGCAACUUCAGGACGAGUGGAAGGUGAACCUCUGCACGGCUGAGGCCAGUUUAUCUGAGAAAAGUGAGAUUUUUAUACAUGGAGACCUGCAGUGGGACAUAUUCCAGGUGAUCAUCUCCCGCUCCACCACCCCUGACCUGAUAAAAAUUGGCAUGAAGCUGCAGGAGUUCUUCACACAGCAGUUUGACACCAGCAAGCGAGCCCUGUCUACCUGGGGCCCGGUCCCCUACGUUCCUCCCAAAACCCCGGUCAUCAACAUGGACAAAGGAGCAGCAGAACUCUAUAUGGAUGCAGCUCAUCACAGGCACUGGCCCAGUGUGUUGAAGAUGGUGGCGGGGUGUCACAUUUCCCUCUUCCAGAUGCCUCUUCCAGAGGAUGCUGUGCAGCUGGGUGGCUCCAUGAGUCUCCAUGGCAAUCACAUGACUCUGGCUUGUUUCCAUGGGCCCAACUUCCGUUCCAAGUCCUGGGUGCUUUUCCAUCUGGAAGAGCCCAACAUCGCCUUCUGGACUGAAGCACAGAAGAUCUGGGAGGAUGGCUCCAGUGAUGAUUCCACAUACAUCGUUCAAACCCUUGACUUUCACCUUGGGCAUAAUACCAUGGUAACCAAGCCUUGCGGUGCUCUGGAGAGCCCAAUGGCAACCAUCACCAAGGUUACCCGCCGUCGCCACGAAAACCCACCGCAUGGGGUGGCUACAGUCAAAGAAUGGUUCAACUAUGUCACUGCCAUGAGGAACGAAGAGCUGAACUUGUUGCGUAACGUGGAUGCAAACAACUCUGAGAGCGGCGCAGCAGCGAAGAGCUCCAGCCUCCUGAGCGGCUUCAGGGGCACCUCCAGCUACAACCACGAAACCGAGACCAUCUUCGCCCUGCCCAAAAUGCAGCUCCAGUUCAAAUCCAUCCACGUACAAGACCCAGAGGAACCUUCUCUCAGUGAUGCCAGCAGUAAGCCCAAAGUGGAGUGCAGCGUGGUGACCGAGUUCACCGAUCACAUUUGCGUCACCAUGGACGCAGAGCUCAUCAUGUUCCUGCAUGACCUGGUGUCGGCAUACUUGAAAGAAAAGGAGAAAGCUCUCUUUGCGCCGCGCAUCUUUGCAUCUCGAGCCGGUCAGAAGAGCCCCACGGCGCAGCAGGAUGAGGCCUCGUCAGAAAAGAAGGAAAAGGAAGAGGGAGUGAACUAUGCUACAGUGGACUGGAGAGAGUUCCUCUGUAACACCUGGCACCUGGAGCCCACACUACGGUUGAUCUCGUGGACGGGACGCAAGAUUGAUCCUGUGGGGGUGGACUACAUUUUGCAGAAGCUGGGAUUCCACCAUGCAAGGACUACAAUUCCCAAGUGGCUGCAGAGGGGCGUGAUGGACCCUCUGGAUAAAGUUCUGUCCGUUCUCAUUAAGAAACUUGGCGUGGCAUUGCAGGAUGAGAAAGAGAAGAAAGGUCAAAGAGACAAAGAUGAACAUUAACUCAAAACACUUCAUUGUAUUAAUAGAUUUCCGCUAUCUGGAGCCAUCUGUGAAUUUCCCUUUUUUUUUUUUUUUUUACCUUGUGUGAAACCACUGGAUUUAUUGCAAACUACUGUACAGCAUACACAAACACAUCACAGUCAUUGAUGUACUGUGUGAGCAUUCAUGUUUGCCUUGGUUCAUAUGGCCAUAGCUCUUGGAUUACUAGAAGUGUUUUCAACAUUUUUUAAUUUUCAGAUCGCUUAGACGUCGAAUAGCUGCUCCUGAAUGCCAUCGGACUUUUAACAUGAAUUAAAUGCACUUACACGUCACUGACACUAACAAAAGAACAGUGAUCUUAAGCUACAGUAUACAGGUGUGCUCUUGAAAUCAGUUUACAUGAGUUCAGAGGAGCGAGAAGCAUCCUGUGUUUUUUCGCUGAGGUGAUUAUACCACUGACUAUUGCCAAUCAGACUUUUUAAAAUAGUUUUUAUUUAACAUUUUAAGAACAAACGGUCCAGGUAACCCCUGACCGGGUGGUAAAGUGUUCUUUCAGCCAGCAGAAGUAUGAACAUCCCCAAGCCUAAUUAUUCCUUUGAGAGUGACCAAAUUUUCCGAUGCCUGAUUAACAACACAUUUUGAGGGAUGAUCUAGUGGAAAUGCCUCAGAUAUUCCUGUGAAUACAUCAGAACCUCAGAUUGCGCUGUGUAAUGUGAAUUGGCCUAUAAAGCAAGGCUCUAACUUAAAAAAAUGUAAAUAUCUUUAACGCAUAAGCUGUUAACCAUGUUAUGCCUGUGGUGAUAGUGUUUUUCCUUUUAUUGUUGUUUUUUUCUUUUAGCUAUUUUUCAUAAGUGCAAUAGACAAUUGUAUAUACAGAGGUAAAUAUGUUCAAUGUGCUGAUUUCUUAACUGAAUAAAAUCAUUACUACUAAAGUGAA